CAAUGAGACUCAUGUUGUGCAAUGAUACUCCUGCAGAGCACUCUCGACUUCGGCCGGCACAUUUACCAUGAUGUGCUGGAGCCGCGUCGCGGUGCGGGGGCUGCGUGCUGCGUGGAACACCCCAGUGACCGCAGUACCUCGCGGAGCCAUGGGGCUGCGCUGCAAGGCGGGUCUGCAGCCUCCAAGUGUUGUCAAUGCGGUCAAGAGCGCGGCGGUGCCACAUACGACUCACGCGUCCACCUCUGGAUCUGCUACAGCGGCGGCCCUGAAGAGCAAGCGUGGACGUAUUACGAAGCCCCGCUCAGGUGCAUACUUGCUGCUCGGGAGGUAUCAGGUAGAUAGGUUACUGAAGAUUAAACAGAGCAAUGCUGUGAAGGCGGCCAAGAAAGCGGCGGAAGCUGAGGCUAAGGAGGCCGUUGCAGCAGCAGAAGCAGACGCUGCCCACCGACUACGUAACUCAUUGACGCUGCGCUUUAGCAAUGAGAAUUCGUAUUUGAACUGGGCGAGAAAUGGCGUGCUGUCUUCAGCUGUCGGAGUUGCAAUGUACGCACAGGAACACCACCGCGGAGCUCAGCUGAGUGGCGCAGGUCUGCUGCUGUUGGGCUUCGGAUACAUUGGCGUGGGCACGGCAAAGUAUAUUUAUUACAUUUUCCGCUUCCGCCACAUCAUGGAGCUGUCCUGGGCAAGCGUCUUCGGAACGAUUUCCCAUGCGGCGUGGGGUUUAGCCAUUUGGCUGACCGCUAUUGCCUCCUUCCUGGAGAGUGUGCCUCUCGAGUUGGAUGCGAUGUUGCUGACCGAGCCCAUCGCAAGUUACCUGCCUUUCCGAAUUCGUCAGGGUCUGAUCGAGACGUACAGUCUCCAUUUGGAAGACCUCGAGCACCACUACGACGAGCAAGAGCGUGUGAUGCGUGCGAUUCGCGGUGAUCGGGGGGACAUUCAGGAGGGCGAGGAGCUGCCGCCUCAACUCGAAGCGCAGUUGAUUGAGCAGCAACUGCACACAUCCCCAGGGCCAGCAGUGGUGGGCUCAGUGCCUCCUUCAUCCUAGGCUUCCUGUUCUGUACGGAGCGACUGUGUGGAAUACCGGAAUCCUAGCGCAUCGUAGACAAAUGUGAUGUGCUAAAUGAAAGCACGGAUGUCCAUCUGAAAACGUAUACAGUAUACAUACUGUUUCAUCCUGUU